AUGGCUGCCACAGCCCCUGCUGAGGAGCUCAAGACGCUCAGCGUUAACACCCCCCUUGACAAGGGGAACGGUGAGAACGAAACCGCAAACGGGGAUGCCGCAGAGCACUCGGACGACGGAUCCGAUGCAGACGAACAGGUGCCUGAAGCCACUGCCCCCGCCGGAGAAGGUGGCGCCAAGAAAAAGAAAAACAAAAAGAAGAAGCCCAAGAAGAAGAAGAAGAGUCCAACGGCGCAGACCGAGCCUCCGUCAAUCCCCCUGUCCCAACUGUUCCCAAACAAGAACUAUCCAAAGGGUGAGGAGGUCGAGUAUAAGGAUGACAAUCUGUAUCGCACCACCAGCGAAGAGAAACGCUAUCUGGAUAACAUGAACGCCGACUUCCUUUCGGACUACCGCCAAGCGGCGGAGACGCAUCGUCAGGUCCGCCAGUGGGCGCAAAAGAACAUUAAACCAGGUCAGACGCUUACCGAGAUUGCCAACGGUAUUGAGGAUAGCGUUCGUCGGCUAGUGGGACACGAUGGCUUGACCGAAGGCGAUGCGAUUAUCGCCGGCAUGGGUUUCCCCACGGGCUUGAACCUCGAUGACGUUGCGGCCCAUUACAGCCCCAAUGCAGGCUGCAAGAAGGUGCUUCAACAGAACAAUGUCAUGAAGGUAGACAUCGGUGUUCAGAUAAAUGGUCGGAUCGUCGAUAGUGCCUUUACCAUGGCAUUCGAUCCGAUGUAUGACAACCUCCUUGCCGCCGUCAAGGACGCCACCAACACAGGUCUCCGCGAAGCAGGAAUUGAUGUUCGCCUCGGUGAGCUUGGCGGAUAUAUCCAGGAGGCUAUGGAAAGCUACGAAUGCGAGAUCAAUGGGACGACUUACCCCAUCAAGCCAAUUCGUAACAUCACCGGCCACAAUAUCUUACCAUACAGCAUCCACGGUACGAAGAGUGUUCCCUCCGUCAAGUCGAGCGAUGCGACCAAGAUGGAAGAAGGUGAUGUCUUUGCCAUUGAGACUUUUGGUAGUACUGGUAACGGUCGCUGUGUCGAGCAGGGUGAGGUUUCACAUUACGCCCUGAGCAGCGAUGCGCCCAAGGUAGACCUCCGCCUGUCGUCGGCUAAGUCACUGUUGAAUACCAUAAAGAAGAACUUUGGUACUCUUCCAUUCUGUCGGCGCUAUCUGGACCGGAUCGGACAAGAUAAGUAUCUACUCGGACUGAACAAUCUUGUAAAAUCCGGCAUUGUGGACGAUUACCCGCCUCUGGUGGACAAGAAGGGCUCCUACACUGCCCAAUUUGAGCAUACCAUUUUGCUCCGGCCGAACGUGAAGGAAGUCAUCAGCCGUGGAGACGACUAUUGA